UCAACACGAACUAGCCAAUAAUGUGUAGCGUCGAUCCGCCUUCUUAUAUGUCAACCAGAAACCGAAAACUGGAGGCAGUGAUUGCAGUUCGUCUUCUUGACCGUGAUCCGGUUCCAGCUCCAGAGGUCCAGUAUAAAGCCGCUCCCUCUCCGGCGGACUGCACACAGUUCUCAGCUCUCCAACAGCAAACAUGUACAAGAUCGCAAUUCUUUUCGCCUGCAUCGCUGCAGUCUCAGCCGGAGGGCUUCUACAUGCUCCAGCUGCCGUAUCAUACGCGGCUCCUGCUGUUUCAUAUGCUGCUCCAGCAGUGUCCUACGCCGCUCCAGCAGUAGCAACCGUAGCUCACGCCCCAGCGAUCUCUUACGCAGCUCCUGCAAUCGCUGCUGCUCCUGCAAUCAGAUACGCAGCCGCUGCUCCCGCCAUCAGGUACGCUGCUCCAGCUGUGUCCUAUGCCGCUCCAGCUGUGUCCUAUGCCGCUCCAGCUGUGUCCUACGCCGCUCCAGCAAUCGCAGCUGCACAGCCAUCAGGUACGCUGCUCCAGCUGUUAGAUACGCUGCCGCUCCAGCUAUCAGAUACGCCGCUGCUGCUCCCGCUGUAUCCUACGCUGCUCCAGCAAUCGCCCAUGCCCCAACCACUUACUCUAGCUCUUCCUUCGUGGCUCACCAUGCUCCUAUAGCUGUUGCCCAUGCCGCCCCCGCUGUCUCUUACGCCGCGCCAGCAGUGGCUACUGUUGCCCAUGCUCCAGCUGUUAGCUAUGCUGCUCCAGCAGUCAGCUAUGCUGCUCCAGCCAUCGCCGCUGCUCCAGCAAUCACCACCGUCGCUCAUGCCCCAGUCGCAGCUGUCGCCGCUCCCGCAGUCUCCUACGCCUCUCGCCCACUCGCCUAUGGUGGUCUCUACGGUAGCAGCUACGGUAGCUACGGUGGAUACGGUCUUGGCUACGGAUAUGGUUCCACUCUACUUCAUCAUUAA